ACUCUCACCCAGGAAUUUGUUAUUUCCCACAGUCCCUCGAAUCUAUCCACUGUUUGUUAUGGUGGAUUCAGCAGUUGAAUGGCGAUGCUCACAUAUUUUAGGAACAUUUUAUUUAGUAGUGUCGUGAACAAGAGAAAUGGAUGCCGGCGUUCUUGAACGACUGGAGGCGCGAGUCUCUGCUCUAGAGCGGAAGGUCAAAGGUGAUUUCCCAGACCAUGACCAAAGCGUCGUUCAAAGGCUAGCCAUCAUCAAUAACAAGCUUACUUCUGCAAUUCAAGAUAAGGACACGUUGGGAAUUCUAAAACGAACAGAUGCGUUGGAUACUUUGCUGGAUCCCUGUCUCGAACGAAGUGUUGGUUUGGAUAAUUCAGCAAAGUUUGCUCUUGUAGAAGCCAACGGAGACCGAGUACAAGAAGCAGCCGAGAUUCUCGAAAAGAUUAACUCAAUGAGGAGUGUUCUCGAGAGCGCACACAUCAAAUCGGUUCCAAUGCAUUCAGCAAAAUUAGCAGCUGUAGCUGAAACACAGGCGAAUGAGGUUGAGCGUGUUGAAAAUCUGACUCGCCGUGUGAUGGGAAUGUUUGAGACGUACAAUCGAAUCAUGGCUGAUAUUGACCGAAAAUUUGCUUUCUGGGAUCAGCGACUUAAAGUUGCUGAAGAAUUGAUUUGUGCAGGAAAAAACGCUAAACAAAAUGAUUCAACAUCAUAGAAUUUCUAUCAAUACCUAUUGUUAUACUGACAAUGCGUUUGUUCCAAUGUUUCGGCUAAGCAAAACGGCUUAGUGGUAUGUGAACUAAAACAAACUCAGAGCUUUGAUAUUUUUUGUUCAGAGUGUGCACAGUGCUCAUGAACGAGAAAACCAGCGCAGAAAAUUAUAUUUAUUGAUAACAACUUACGUAUAAGUGUACUUGGGGUGUUGUAAUUCAGUACGGAAAAACUGCCUAAAUAAAUAGAAUAUAAAAUGA